UUAUAUUUCACAGAAAUGGAGUACAGCCACACCUCGUUGACAUCCUGCAAUGCUGGCCUCCUGGGACCAAGUUUGGGAGUCAUGUGCAAUGUCACCUCAUACUACCUUUUCCUGUCGAUUCUGGAGACAUUUGUACGAAGCAAACAAGGAAUUGCUCAAACAUGCGAACGAAUCACGCCAAUCCAAACGCCAGAUUCCGAGUAUGACUUUAUCGUAGUGGGAGGUGGCGCAUCCGGUUCCAUCGUCGCUGCAAGACUGAGUGAGAAUCCGUCCUGGAAAGUUCUGCUUUUGGAAGCAGGCCCGGACGAACCAGCAGGUGCAGCCGUCCCUGGUUUUGUUUACACUAUAAGCCAAUCAUCUAUCGGGUAUGGAUACCAGUCGACAAACGAAAGGUACGCCUGUCUCGGUUCGAAUGGAAGCUGUCCGAUCUCUGCAGCCAAAAUUCUCGGUGGAGGCAUGGUGCACAAUUCAAUGAUAUACCUGCGUGGCAGUCCGUUGAUAUACGAUCAAUGGGCUGCGAUGGGCAACGAGGGAUGGUCGUGGAAGGAAGUCUUACCAUUUUUUAAGAAGUCCGAAAAUAACGGUAACAUCGAUAUUGUUGGUCGAAAGUAUCACGGCACGGAUGGGCCGCUUUUUGUCGAAAGAUUUCCGUCCCAACCGCCUUUUGCAAACGUGAUACUCGAGGCAGCCAAAGAGGCGGGUUUCGGCCUCAGCAAUGACCUCAACGGAGAUGACAGUCUCGGCUUCGCUAUAAUCCAAACAACGAGCCAUCAGGGUGCGAGACGCAGUAGCGCCGCGGCGUAUCUGCGGCCAAUCAGACACCGCAAAAACCUCCACAUAACCCUGAACUCCACAUGCACGAGGAUUAUAAUCGAGAAUCAGAAAGCAGUUGGCGUUGAAUAUUACACGAACGACGAGUCUUACACGGUACGUGCAUCCAAGGAAGUCAUCGUUUCCGCAGGUGCCAUCCGGUCUCCCCAUCUUCUACUUCUCUCUGGAAUUGGGCUUGAAGAAGAUUUGACAUCCAUGGGAAUCAACGUGGUAAAAAAUUUACCUGGUGUCGGCAUGAAUUUCCAUGAUCAUAUCGCACACCCGAUUGCAUUCACCAUUAAUAAGCGUGAUGCCUACGACAACAACUGGGCUGCUCUAGCUGAGUAUAUCGCUUUCCAAACUGGUCCCUUAUCCAACACUGGACUCGCUCAGGUUACGAGCUCUCUACCAUCAGGAAUAACGACGCCCAACCUUCCGGAUAUCCGUAUUGGUAUCGAAGGUUAUUAUGCUGCUUGUGCACCUGGUGGAAUCGGCGCCCUUCAGAGCGAUGGUAAACGCAACAUCAUCUUUGCGGCAGGAUACAAGCACCCCAAAUGCAGAGGAAAAAUCAGUCUGGCUACACAGGAUCCUUUGGAUUACCCUUCAAUCUGGGUCAACUAUUUAUGUGAGCCUGCCGACGUUGCUGGGGUUGUAAAAGCCAUCGAAUAUACUAUGAAAUUGGCUAAUACACCCGCCUUGAAGGCCUACAACAUGACCUUGGCCGCAACACCUCUCGAGGUCUGCUCAAAUUACACUUUUGCUAGCAGAGAAUACUGGGAGUGCGCGGUUCAUUACGAUGCACGUGGAUACUAUCACUAUGCAGGUUCCUGCAAAAUGGGUCCUACAUCGGACCCACACGCAGUUGUCGAUCCUCGGCUUCGAGUUUACGGCAUAGAGGGACUGCGUGUUGCAGAUGCUUCCAUAAUGCCUAAGGUGACUACUGCUAGUACUGCAGCACCCUGCGUCAUGAUUGGAGAACGGGCUGCGCACAUGAUCAAGCAAGAUUGGAACUAUAGAGAUGCAAUGGGACCUGCAGAAAAUCUGUUCAAACAUUCUCCCAACAUCGGCAUAAAUAUGCCUUUUACGCCAGCACGUAAAUACACUCUCAGGCAUCGGUAUUCGGACCGUAAUCAACGGCAAUUGAUAGAAACACAUCCAGGAGUGAAAAAAUAUCUCUCAAAACCUUCAUUUCAAUUUUGCAACGACGUGACGUUUCAAGGACUGAAUGUCAGUGGAAAUCACUCACGCACAGAAGCUGAGCGUUCUAUAUCGACCGCCGCGCGAGUGGAUGAUGUCCUUUUUGAGCAGUUUGUGCUUGCUGUUUUCGUUUUCUUGAUUGGGGUUCAGUUGACCCCAAAACCCACUUUAAGGUAUCGACCACAUUACCUAGUUCGGCAGGAGUCGUUUAACGGACCAAGCCUCCACCGAGGGGUUGGGGAGGCUGAGCCACGCCACUUAAGAAUGUUCUUUUUUUAUCAUCAUUAUCAUUAUCGUCAUCGUUAUCAUCAUCAAAUGCCACCAUCUCUACUAAAGACUAUAAAUUGCGCCGAUGCCCUUCCACUAUUCCAAUGUGACUGUCAAGAAAACUUCUUGACGCCUGCUCAUAUUCAAUUUUUGCUCGCCCAAAAUAUUGAGAGUUCACGCUGUAAGUCCAAUAAGUAUAUGUACAUGAAUAUUUUGUCCCCUUGCCCCCUGGUCCGCUCUCUGCCGAGGGUACGUGGACUCGAUAUUUCGAAAUACGCGUUUUCCUAUCACAAAGUGUCAUGCGAAAAAUUAUUAUCAACAAAUAUUGAUACAAACGGUGAAAUUGAAGCUAUUCUCGCGAAACGUGCAACGCACGUUGUAACUGGGACGUCCCGAAUCAAAGGCGAUCGGAGUCCAGUGCCAUCGAGUCUGAAGAACCAAUCUAUAAUCUCCUGUAGUAUAUCAACCGCAUCGAAGAAUUACCGUAUGGAAGUAAAAAAAGAUGAAUGUCUACGAAUUAUUCCGAUGGAAUUGAUACGAAACGCACAAGGUCUGAGCAUCGCUGAUUGGUGUUCUUUGAAUGGACAAUGGACAAUGGACUACGAUCUCGACACGAACUUGUCAUGCGAAAAGACUGGUGGUUUACGAUAUCCCCACGCAGUUUCAUGGGUGGUUGUGAGGAAAUUAAGUUUCGAUCAGCAAAAAAGCCACAUUUGUGACCUAGCGAAAACUCAGUAUGUUGAAAGAAUGGAGUACAACGUCAGCUUUCCGGGAACCUGCAAUGGGGACCUUCUGGGGCCGACCAUGGCCAGCAUGUGUAAUGUUACCUCGUAUUACUUUUUCAUGUCGCUUUUGGAGACAUUCGUCAGAAGAAGUCAAAGAAUCGCUCAAACCUGCGAACGCAUCAUACCUAUCGAUACCAUAGAUGCCGAGUAUGACUUUAUCGUAGUGGGGGGUGGAGCAUCCGGUUCCGUCGUCGCUGCAAGGCUGAGUGAGAAUCCGUCCUGGAAAGUUCUACUUAUGGAGGCAGGCCCGGAGGAACUAGUGGGUGCAUCUGUCCCUGGAUUUUAUCCUGUUCCAUCCCAAUCAUCCCUCCUGUGGGGAUACCGAUCGCAGAACGAGAGCUUCGCCUGUCGCAGUUCGAACGGUAGCUGUUCGAUAGCUGCAGCCAGAAUGCUUGGUGGAGGAAUGGCGAUCAAUGCAAUGGUAUACCUACGCGGUAGUCCUUCGAUAUUCGAUCAAUGGGCUGCAAUGGGUAACGAGGGAUGGUCGUGGGAAGAAGUAUUACCAUUUUUUAAGAAAUGCGAAAACAACGGCAAUAUCGAUAUUGUUGGUCGAAAGUAUCACGGCACGGAUGGGCCGCUUUUUGUCGAAAAAUUUCCGUCUCAACCACCUUUUGCAAACGUGAUACUCGAAGCGGCCAAGGAGGCGGGUUUCGGCGUCAGUGACGACCUCAACGGAGAUGACAGUCUCGGCUUCGCUAUAGUCCAAACAACAAGCCAUCAGGGUACGAGACGCAGUAGCGCCGCAGCGUAUCUGCGGCCAAUCAGACACCGCAAGAACCUCCACAUAACUCUGAACACCACCUGUACGAGAGUCAUAAUCGAGAAUCGAAAGGCCGUUGGCGUCGAAUAUUACAAGAACGGUAAAUUCUCCACGGUACGCGCAUCCAAGGAAGUCAUCGUAUCCGCAGGUGCCAUUGGGUCUCCCCAUCUUCUACUGCUUUCUGGAGUUGGGCCUGAAGAAGAUUUGACAUCCAUAGGAAUCAAUGUGGUCGACAAUUUACCUGGAGUCGGGAGUAAUUUUCAUGAUCAUACCGCAUACUCGGUUUCGUUUACGACGAACGAGCCCGAUGUCUACGACGACAACUGGGAUGCUCUUGCCGAGUAUAUCGCAUUCCAGACUGGACCCUUGUCCAGCACCGGACUCACUCAGGUGGUUGGCGCCAUGACAUCUGGAAUAACGACGCCUGACCUUCCGGACAUUCAUAUAGUUAGUCAUGGUUAUAAUGCCGGUUGCGCACCCGGUAAUAUAGGUGCCCUUCAGGGUGAUGGUAACCGCAAAAUUCAGUUGUACGCCGGUUACGAGCAUCCGAAAUGCAGAGGAAGAAUCAGUCUGGCUUCACCGGAUCCGUUUGAACAUCCUUCAAUCUGGGUAAAUUAUCUUUGCGAUCCUGACGACGUCGCUGGUCUUGUGAAAAGCAUCGAGUAUAUUUUGGAAUUGGUCGAUACACCAGCUUUGAAAGCCUACAACUUGACUUUGGCCGAAACACCGUUUGAGCCCUGCUCAAAAUACGCUUUUGCUAGCAGAGAAUACUGGGAGUGCGCAGUUCGUUACAAUGCUACUUCGGAUUAUCACAUUGCAGGCUCCUGCAAAAUGGGUCCAUCAUCGGAUCCACUUGCAGUUGUUGACCCUCGCCUUCGAGUCCACGGAAUACAAGGACUACGCGUCACUGACGCUUCUAUUAUGCCGCAGGUGAGUACUGCUAAUACUGGAUCAGUCUGCGUCAUGAUUGGACAACGAGCGGCACACAUGAUCAAGCCAGAUUGGCACUAUACAGAUGCAGUGAAAUAAUUU